AUGGCUUUCCUUCACCCCCGACGCGUUGCCCUUCUUCUCUGCUUAGCCAUUGCCCUCGUCGGCGUCUAUGCCGAGAAAUAUGCGGCGUCCGUGGCGUCGAUGAGCAUCCCCGAAAUCGAGGACGCAUUGCAGGCAAGCAUCCCCCACUUCCUCCCGCGUCCUCCCCAGGAAUGCCCCCUGGUCCAAGACCUCAAUGCCUACCAAGCCGCGACCUCCCCAGCAACGUCCUCCCUGACCUCCCGCAUCUUCGCUGUGCUCUUCCCAGGCACGCCGGCCAUCAAUGCCCUGCUAGCUACACUGUACAUCUCCGGGCCGCCAAAUCUCCUGCUGGCGCUAUGCCCGCCGGAUAUCGAUCCCGGGGCGCUGUCCGCCAUGGUCGCGUUCGCGGUGGGAGGCCUGCUCGGUGACACGCUGUUCCACCUGCUGCCGGAGAUAUUCCUCGGCGAGCACGAGGACGAACAUGUGCGUUUCGUGCUGGUGGAGCCGAACCGAAAUUUGUUGCUCGGAGUGGCUAUCUUGGUUGGCUUCGUGACGUUCGUGGCGAUGGACAAGAGCUUGAGGAUUGCGACUGGGGGCCAGGGCGGGCACGAUCACAAUCAUAGCCAUAGCCACGGCCAGGGGACGGUGGAAGUAGCGAAGCCUGUUGCGGCGGCGAGUAGUGCCCUGGAGGACUCGCCGGCGAAGAGCUCGAGGUUGCGGAAGAAGGGCGGAAACGACAGCACGGAGCGAGAGCUUGUGAGGGAGGAGAAAGAGAAAGAGAAGGAGAAGAAUGCCAGUGUCAAGCUGGCCGGCUAUCUGAACUUGAUCGCCGAUUUCACACACAACAUCACCGACGGUCUCGCCCUCUCCUCCUCCUUCUACGCCUCGCCCACCAUCGGCGCUACCACCACCGUCGCUGUCUUCUUCCACGAGAUCCCCCACGAGGUCGGCGACUUCGCCCUGCUCAUCCAGUCCGGCUUCUCCAAGAAGCAGGCCAUGGCCGCCCAGUUCGUUACCGCCCUCGGUGCCCUCCUUGGCACCCUCAUUGGUAUCUCCAUCCAGGAAUUAAGCGGCGGCAGUACCGACCAAGGGGUUAGCAGGUUCGACGGCCUGAUGGGCACGAGUCUUACUUGGGGCGACAUGUUAUUGCCGUUUACGGCUGGCACGUUCCUGUAUGUGGGGACCGUAGCUGUGAUCCCGGAGCUGUUGGAGACGGGUAGCGAGAAGGGCGUAGAGCUCAGGAAGGCCAUCACGCAGUUCGCGGCUUUGGCUACUGGUGCCGGCAUCAUGCUGUAUAUCUCUUGGUCGUAG